GCACCUGGGAAACGCCCGCGCCGGUUGGGGCAGGCGUGGCCGUCGGGGCUGAGGGCGGUGGCCGGCCGCGGUCUGGACGUCGGGCCGGGCGCGGGGGGCGGCAGGGAGGCGGCGCUCUCGGGCCGCGGGCGGACGUGGUCUGUGAGGAGCGCCCGGACGGCCGGGCCGGCGCCUCCUGAGCGCCGGCGCCCAUUUUGCCCGCCCGCCGAGAAGAGCCGUGCGCGGCCUACACGCUCCGGGGACCUCCCUCAGGCGGCAUCGCCGCGCGCGCCGGCCUUUCGAGCCCAAGGGACGCUCUUUUGAAAUUCGGUCCUGAGUUAAGGUUUUCUUUUAUUUUGUUUUGUUUCCAAGUUAGGGGCCCUGAAUUUGGGACCACUCUCUUUACCUGGACCACUUCCGGUGGCCGGCCCCGUAACUUCGGUUCGGUGACCUCGGCCCGGAAUGCCCCUCGGCUCGCCCCGGGCUCACGUCCCGAUCCCGGCUUGAGUGGCCCGGGGUGGGUGACCUGAAGUUGUAGCCUCGCUGCUCUCGAGGCGGAUAAUUAGCCCAAGAAACACUAUAUUCAUGCUUAGGUGGAGAAAAGCAGGGCUAGAAUUGGAAUCCAAAGCCCAGGAUGGCAGGAGAGGAUGUGGGGGCUCCACCCGAUCACCUCUGGGUUCACCAAGAGGGUAUCUACCGCGACGAACACCAGCGCACGUGGGUGGCCGUCCUGGAAGAGGAGACGAGUUUCCUAAGGGCACGAGUUCAGCAAGUUCAGGUUCCUUUAGGUGACGCAGCCAGGCCAAGUCACCUUCUCACCUCCCAGCUACCUCUCAUGUGGCAACUCUACCCCGAGGAGCGCUACAUGGAUAACAACUCUCGCUUGUGGCAGAUCCAGCAUCAUUUAAUGGUCAGGGGAGUACAGGAGCUGUUGCUUAAGCUUUUGCCUGAUGAUUAAUCUGGUGCUGGGAUUCUAGGAAGAUAUGCCCCUCUGUUCUGUUCAGUAUAUGGCAAUCACGUCAUCCACCACUGCAGUGCACCCACCUGUGGGCCUGUGGGGAGGGAGUGGGUUGAAAAACUGCUCAAGAACACAGAAGUUUAGGAAGGGUCAUGAAGAACACCGAAAGUGGAACUGCAGAGAAAGGGUUAUGCAGGCAGAAAGCAAGUCAACAAAAGCACUUAGUUAGGAUACGUAACUUGAAAUUGACUCCUUUGGAAAUUGCCAUAGAACCGUUAAUGGACAUCAUCAGCUGGAACUGGGAUCUGAUGAAUCCCACAAAAGUCAGCACCUGCUACAGAACAGAUGCCCUGAUCACCAAGGACUUGGUACUGAUUUAGAGAGAAGAGAGCAGCUCCUAGCAGCAUCAACAUCUAUUUGUCGCUUAUUUGCCCUGCAGCAAUUCACCUGCCUUUCCUUCUCCCAUCCUGUAAAUAUCCUAGGUUUUGCUCCAGUGUUUCCCAUCCCAGUACUGACCUAACUUGGAUCUACUAAGAACUUAGGGGGCUCUGAGGAAAAAAAAAAAGGGGGAGAUCAUUUGCAUUAAUGAAAUUAGCUACAAAGGCUCCUGGGCCUUUUUCCUUUCUGAAAUUGUGUCUUCAAAUUUUUAGAAGUUGCUGAUCAGAAUCGUGGGCACUUAAAUUUAUUCUCUGGUUACGAAUAUUUUAAAUAAGUUGGUUUCUGUAAGAACUCCAAAAAACGUUUUAGCUGCUUACCUAGCACCUUUCUCAGGAAGUAAUAAUAGCACCAAAUAUUGCUGAUUCACUACCUGAUAAAGAUUAUUUCCUGAGUUAAAAUACUCAUAGCAGUUUGUAUACUUUAAAAGAAGGGUUUUACUUUUUAAAAAAUCUUGGGAAUAAUAGCUAUCACGUGUUGAGUCCUUACUGCCUUCCAGGCACUGUUCUAUGCACUUUAUAUACUGUAUCACGUUUAAUUCUUCCAUCAAUGCUUUCAGGUAGGUAUGAUCUCUAUUUUACACACAAGUAAUAAGGAAAAAGGCUCAAGGAGUUAAAUCAUUUAUCAAGAGUGGUUCUCUGAGUGACAGAGCCGGGCAGUGGGCUGACUUGUCAGGCUGCAGCGCCGGCUCCUCUAGCCCAACGUUGGUUUACAAUAGUCAAGAUGAGUUGAAGUCAAGGUUUUUUCUUCCCUAUGUAAAGCUAUUUAUAUCUUCCAAGCCAAAUGGAAUAUUAUAAAAAUACAGUUAAUUCAUCCUAUGAGCAGGAAGAAUAUUUUUUAGUGUAAUUGUUUUCCAGCAAUUGUAAGAGCAUACUGCUUGUCUCAGAAGAAAAUUCCAUCGAGGGGCUUUAAAGUCUUUAUGUAUAAAAGACAAAAUAAAAAUAAUUUUUCUUAUUUUAG